AGCCGACGGCGACAGUUCGGUACCUCAAGUGACGUACGACAGCGAGAUCGAGAUCGUGUUUGACAAUGCCACACGCUUUCACCAGAACCAGCGCAACACAGGGCGCCUGUGCACGGUACUACGGGGACAAGCACAGUUCUAUCUAGGCCACAACCAGCCUGACAAGGCGUCUGUUGCGUAUGAGAAACUGCUAGAACUUAACCCCGAGGACAAACGUGCCAUGGCGGGGCUGGUCCAGUCAUAUGCGCUGUUUGACUGUGCGAAGGCAGAGAUGUACGCGCAACGCUUGCACAAUGUGGAUACGUCCGCGUGCACGCACUCGGCAGAUGAGUUAGUGCUGCAAUUCGCCUCGCUGAAGAAAAUGGCCGCCAGCAAAGCCAGCGAAUCGUCUGCCCCUAAGCUCAAGAAGAAGCGCAAAAGAAAAGGUAAACUUCCCAAGAACACGAACGUCGUCAUAGACCCGGAACGCUGGCUGCCGAAAUAUGAGCGCUCAUACAAUAAGCGCAAGUAUAAGAACAAAGCGCAACCGGUACGCGGCAAUCAAGGUGCAGUGGUGUCCUCGAUUUCUGGCCAGACCGGGUCUGCAGACAAGACUAAGUUGGACUACAACGACGGUACUACUAGUACGCCGGCAGAGGGUGCGGCCUCACCCAAACCCACACCUAAGGCCGGGGGAGGUAACGCUAACAAGAACAAGAAAAAGAAGAAGCGCAAAAAGUAGUAUUCUUCGAGUUACUGAAGUAUUAAGGGUUAGAGGAGAAAUUAGAAAGACUUUACUCAGACAUCCAAGAUUACCUUUUAGGGUACUGACGGAGAACUCACCCUCCCCCCUGUCUAUUAUCUGAUAUCUGAUAGAUAAACUAUUAUUGAUGAUGGAGAAAUGAUAUUUCAAGUAUAGUUUUCUUUCGCAGAUAAAUACCUACACUCCUUGUCGGUCUGGUGCAUUGCUAGCGCAGCGCUUGUAUUCUGGUGACAGUGUACCAUCUGCAUAGGAACAAAUAGCUGACAAGUCAAGCUUUAUACGAGCUAUAUUCCAACCUGG